AUGAACAUGGUGCGAUUGACGCCGUUGCGCCUCGUGUGCGCUUCAGUCGUGCUCUGCGCCCUGUUCUUCUCCUCCCUGAUCCUUCGGCUCCUUCACGGCGGGCGCGGCUAUGAGCUCGUGUCGCACGACCGGCUCCCAGCUGCGCCUCCACCACCAUCCAGGCCUGCGAUAGACUUUGGUCAAGAGUGUUCGCCCUUCACGUCAGGCGUCAUGGAGGGCGUCACGUUUGUGCUCAAGAUUGGCGCGGGGGAAGUCGCGUCCCAGUUGCCUCUCUUCUUGAACCGGCUGGGAAGAUGCAAACUGGACUUGCUCAUCUUCUCCGAUCGCAAGCAGUCGUACAAUGGCUUCGACAUAGCAGACGCCCUCGCCCACCUGCGCCCUGAAUAUCGGUUCAAGAACCCAGACUUUGACGUGUACGACCACAUUCAGAAUGCGAAUGACACGGCGGAGAAGACCGAGGAAGGCUGGCGGCUGGACAAGUACAAGUUCCUACCCAUGAUGGAGUGGACGUCGUACCUGCGCCCAGAGUCGCGGUGGUAUAUCUUUGUCGAACUGGACACGUAUGUCAAUUACGACAACAUGUAUCGCUUCCUGUCCAACUUCAACCCCAAGGCGGCCCAUUACUUUGGAUCUCCCGUCUGGCCCAAGAAGAAGAAGACGAUAUUCGCACAUGGAGGCAGUGGCUUUGUCCUUUCACGCGCUGCUUUGGACAAAAUCAUGGCCCUUGGCCGGAUGUUUGGGGAGAACAAGCAUUUUCCUGGCACCCACUUCUUCGGUGUCGAUGUCAAGGACCAGUGUUGUGGGGAUCAAGUGCUCGCGCAGGUGCUCAAGAAGAGCGGGGUGCCCCUUCAUGGAUACUGGCCCAUGUUCAAUGGCGAAAAGCCAACCACGAUGCGCUAUAACGAGGAGCAGUGGUGUGAGGCCAUCAUCACCAUGCAUCACCUGGCCGAGGAUGACUUCACCGGCUUGACACAGUGGGAGCGAACGAGGUCACAUCCGAGCAGACCGCUCAUAUUUGAGGAAAUGUUUACCAUGAUCGAGCCGCUCCUCAAGGACAAGGCAGAAGACUGGUCCAACAUGUCGGAAGAUGUUACAUACAAAAAAGGGAAGAGCGCAGCCAAGUCAUUUGACAAGUGUUCAAAGGCUUGCCACAGUGAUGGCAAAUGCCUGCAGUUUGAACAUUCCGGAACCGAGUGUCGCCUCGGUUAUUCCAUCCGGCUUGGGCAUCAUCAGCAACCUGAAGAUGACCGGACAUGGACAUCGGGAUGGAUGUUAGGUCGGAUUCAAGCUUUCAAGCAAGCCCGCUCACCCUGUCAAGGCGCACAUUUUGUCCAUUCAAAUCCCUGA